GAUAAAAUAUUAGUAAAAAGUCGGAUAAAUAGUGAAUGGCUUGUUGGAGAGCUUAACGGUAAUGAAGGCAGCUUCCCAGCCAACUUUGUCGACAACAUUCCAGCAAACCUUCCAUCAGCAGCUAAUUCACCCUGCAACGUGCCUAGCGAUGAUGCAGCUCAGGGUACAUGUACUGCUGUGUUUGACUUUGAUGCAGGGGAUGAGGACGAGUUGUCCAUUAGAACGGGGGACACCAUCACAAUUGUGGAAUCUGUGGGUGAUGACUGGUUGAGGGGGAGGCUCAAUGGAAAAGAGGGUAUAUUCCCAAGAAACUUUGUCGAAAUGCAAGAAGGGGGUUCUGGCGCAAAAAUGACUGUGAAAGCAUUGUUUGAUUUCCCUGCCAAAAUGCAUGAUGACCUUAGCUUUCAGGUCAAUGACAUCAUUACUGAUGUAGUCAGCGUUUCAGACGACUGGUACGAGGGCAGUCUAAAUGGAAAGGUUGGCCGAUUUCCAUCAAACUUUGUGGAAGUUAUUUCUUCUUGAUAUUCCACUCUGCGGUAUAUACAUAUAUAAUUUCACAUUUAAUUUAUGUUGUAAAUGAUAUACUUAAAGUGUUUCUCACUUCACCUCUGAUUUGCAUAUUUUUAAUAAUGUACAUUUGCAUGAUGUGUUGCAAUCAGUGUCGUAUCAACGAUUAUUGACAUGGCGCGGAUGUAGGAGAAGGUACGAUGUGACAUCGAUGGGGAGCUAUCUGGGUAAAGGUGAAAUUAGGUGAUGUUUUAACUACAUUAAAUUAGUGCAGCACCCCUUAAAUAUGUCACUGUUUGAAAUUAAUUUUAAUAGAAAGUGUAAAUGUGGCAUUAUCAUCCUACAUACAGUACCUCUGUCUACACUGUCUUAUGUGAUAUUUAUGUGACAAAUUUUUUUAAUGUGCCCAUAUAUGUGCAUUAU